ACAAGAGAAAAUGGCGUCUAUGGAGAAAGUGUAGUUACGAUAGAAUUAGUUUAUGCAAAAAAUAAAGCGAUUUCGUUUAAUUCUUGUGUCGUCACGGGGUCGAAACGGUUCCGAAAUGUGACCUUUUAAAAAAAUAUGUGCAUUUUGAUGUGCAUAGCUAAUCUAAAUUGUAGUUUUUCGUGAGUUUAGAGCAGUUCUGUGGCUUACUCUGUGUGGCGGCCUGGUUACUGUACAUGUAGCAGCAGGUACCUUAGCUUGCCUCGUUAGUUGUGGGAUUUCGCUGCUAUCAGAUGUAAAACUGGACCUGUCCGUGGAUUUAAACAUGGCCCUGCAUAACCUGGUGUUUGUGAUCGACGUGGACUAUGGGGAGCAGACCAAAGAGGAGCUUAGCCAUAGGAAUGGCAUUUUAAAGAGAGGAAUGCUACAGAUACUACUGCAUCUGGGAUACAGAUAUGGGUUUGACAAAGUGCGCUGGGGCUAUAAGUUCUUCGGCUCCCUGUCCAGUCGCAGCUCAGGUCUCAUCUCAAGAUGUUCAGACUUUAAGGAGCUGCGACACAAAGCAUUCGAGGACUUUGAGAUGGAGUUUGAUUCAAAGUUCGAACUCCCAUGUCAGAGAAAAGCACUGAACAGCCCAGCGACAUGUGUCCAAAAUGCUGUGAAAGAAACUCUGCUAGACUUCCAAUGGGACCGGCCUGACAUCACCUCCCCCACCAAGCCCAGCCUCAGAUCCAGGCGGGCGGGUAGCGGCAACAGCAGCUCAACCUUUCACCUGGAGGAUGGGUCUGGAGAUGGGAGGAACCUGCUGUUUGUGGUGUCCGAGUGCCCGCGCUCCUGGGCUCAGAUGGAACAGUACCUGUCUUUGGCAGCAGGGGGCACAGUAGAUGUGUGUGAGAAGGUGAUGUCUCGGGGUUUGCAGGAGAUGAUCGGGCAGAGACGGGUCACACUGCAUUGGUUGGACACAACCGCACAUAAACAGGUUUUGACUUGUGUUGAUCACAAUGGAGCAGAUAGACUCACCCAGCUCCUGACUCCUCUAGGGGGCAGACUCCUCCCUCUCUCUUCCCUGUUGGAUCUCAUAGACUCUGGCUCUGUCAUCAGCUCCUGGUUCUCUUCUGUUUGGGGGUCAUUGCUCUGCUCUGAACCCAGCUAUAGGCUCUGCUUUCCCCUCACACAAGCUGCAGUCACUUGGGAAAAAGAACUUGCAGUGGAACAGUGCAGCCUGCUGGUGGAGCCCAUGAGCAGCUCUCAGAGACCUCUCUCUUCUUCUGCUGAGGUCCGACUCAAGGCAGUGAUCCGGGAUCUGAAUCCAGACCAGACCCAAGACCUGUUUAUGUCCAGGUCUGAGGUCUAUGUGGUCCACAGUCCGGGACAGGAUUGGUUCAGAGAGAUUCUAAAGGAACUAAAGGAGAGAAGCUACAAAAUGGUUAGAUACAAAACAGUCCAGAUCUUAAAGUAGAUCUGUUCUGUAAAAUUGACUUUUCAGAGCUUUUAACCAGGUAUAGUAUACCCCAAUUGUGAAGUAUGCAUUUCCCUCUCCAACUUUAUUUCCUUAACCAGUGCCACAUGUAAUAUUCAGCAGUGUCACAUAGUCAUUUUGGUAUAAAUGAAAAAAAAAAAAUCUUCUAGUCCCUAGUGUGAUGUGCAGGUAUCCACAGAAGUGUCUGACAGCAUGUGGCACUUUGCUGUGAUGACGCUUAUGGCAAGGUCAGCUCCCAUUGGGCACCGUGUUUUUCCAACCAACCUAUAAGGCAAAGGACUUGUUUCUAUUACAGGUUACUUUAGAUCAGUAUUAUGAUUUUAAUUGUUCAGAUUGUAACAUAAUGAUCCACAGGCAUCAUAGAUUAUAACUACCGUAUUUUCCGCACUGUAUGGCGUGCAUUAAAGCCUUUAAUUUCAUCCAAAAACUACUGCUCGCCAUAUAUAUGAAUUUAUUUCAGUGUCUUAGUACAAUUUACUCCAUGCGGGGCGGCAACCCCUAUUCCGACAUACCAUCACUCCAACAGACCCCCACUCCGACAUACCGUCAUUCCGACAAUCGUCCACCCCGGCAUGUCCCCAUUCCGACACUUUUUGAUGCCCCCAUUCCGACACUUUGAUGCCACCAUUCCGACACUGAUGAACCAGGACUACUCCAGGACUAAUCUUGGAUGAGAGAGCGAAAGCGAGAGAGAACCGCGAUCCCGUAUAGCAGGGUAUUUGGCGUGAUCUGCGACAUUAGAGUACGCAGAGCUUUACACACGCUGCUCUGACCACCCUGCAGGUGAGAGCGCGGUGGAGAUGCCAGGUUAACGUGUGCGUAAAA